AGAGUAGCUAAGGCUGGGAAGCUGUGUAAAGGAAAAGAAUUUAAACAGAGGGGGCGGGAUAUAAUUUGAAAAUUUCACCGCAUGAACUCAUUUCAACAUUUAAAGCCAAAAGGCAGCAACAGCAGAUCAAGCAAUGGCUUCUCAGAACAGGGAUCCAGCCGCAGCCUCAUCCGCAGCAGCAUUGAAAGGCAACGAAACAAGCGUAAAUGCACUAAAGGGCUCUGUUUCUAAAAGGCUUCAGCAGGAGUUGAUGACAUUAAUGAUGUCUGGAGAUAAGGGGAUCUCUGCUUUUCCAGAGAGUGACAACCUUUUUAAAUGGAUUGGUACAAUAGAUGGCGCGCAAGGAACGGUUUAUGAAGGUCUGAGAUACAAGUUAUCACUAGAGUUCCCCAGUGGUUACCCGUACAAAGCACCCACUGUAAAAUUCGUCACGCCGUGUUUCCACCCAAACGUUGAUGAAAAUGGUUAUAUCUGUUUGGACAUCCUGAAGGAGAAAUGGUCGGCCUUGUAUGAUGUUCGAUCCAUACUGCUAUCGAUUCAGAGUUUGCUCGGAGAACCAAACAAUGAUAGUCCAAUGAAUGCUGUAGCAGCUGGGCUUUGGGCUGAUCAGGAAGCAUUCAAGACCCAUUUACAUUCGACCUACAAGAAUUAACGACAAUCUGGUUUCCUCAUUUGUUUCCUGUAUUAUACUUCUGUCUUUCUUUCUUUCCUGUCUUGUCUUCUAAUUAUGUAAAGGAAUUGUCGGGUGUUUUGUCUGUACUAUACUUUUAUGUUAAACUGUGAAUAAAAUUAUUGGUUACA